GAGGUUCCACAGGAGCAUCUGAGCUCCCUGAGGAAAGGACGUGAAGAAGCCAAGGCUGAGAGGGAGAAACAGAGUGAGGAGCUGCUGAAGCAGACGGAGGUGGAGAGGCAGAAGAUCGUGGCUGAGUGCAAGGAGCUGCGGGGGUUCCUGGAGGAGAAGGAGCAGCUGCUGCUGGCCCGACUGGAGGAGCUGGACAGGGACGUCCUGAGGAGGAGGGACGAGAGCCUGGCCCAGCUCUCCGAGGAGAUCGCCCAGCUCGACAAGCUGCUGGGGGAGCAGGGGGCAGAGAAUGGCUCUGGGAACCAGCCCGGCCAGGGUGUUGUCCCAGUUGGAAGCAGCUUUGAGAGCUGGAUGUUUGGCAAACCAGAGGCUGGUUUCUCAGAGCUGGAGAAGAAACUCAAGAGCUUCUCCCAGAAGAGUGCAGUGCUGAAGGAGGUUCUGCUGGAGUUCAAGGAAAACCUCCGGUUCGAGCUGGAGAACGACACAG